GUCAAACCUGUCCAUCCAGAGUUUUUAGUUUUCAUGUCACUUGUCUACCCUGCCUAGUCAAUCUCACUAUUCCACAAAUCUAGAGUGAGACAGACGCAUCUCUUCAACUUCCUCACAGAUUACUAUUGCACAGUGUGGCGAUGGCAGGUAACACAGGUGCUCCUCUACUGCUCCGUCUGGUGGCCGCAUCAGUUUCUGUAGCGGAAAAGGCAGGAACGAUCGUCAGGGAUGUGUUCAACAGCGGAGAGCUGGGGGUGGUAGAAAAGGGAGGGAAAAACGACCUGCAGACCCAGGCUGACCGCUCUGCUCAGGAGUGUAUUGUACAGUCACUGUCCAGACAGUUCCCUAAGGUCACCAUCAUAGGAGAGGAGGAGCCAACAGAUGAGGUAGUGGAUGAGUCACACCUGGAGACUGGGUUGUCAGAGGAGGUGUUGAAAGCAGUUUGUCCUCAAGACCUCCAGGCUGUUAAGGAUGAAGAUGUGGUCGUAUGGGUGGACCCUCUGGAUGGUACUAAGGAAUACACAGAAGGUUUCCUGGACCAUGUAACAGUGUUGAUAGGUGUGGCUGUGAAUGGGAAGGCAGUGGCAGGAGUCAUUAACCAGCCUUACUACAACUACAAGGCUGGUCCAGGAGCGACUCUUGGUCGUACCAUGUGGGGUAUUGUUGGACUGGGAGCAUUUGGUGUGGAGCGUUUGGUUCCGCCUGCUGACAAAAGGAUUGUAACCACCACCAGAUCCCACUCCAACAAGCUGGUGACAGAGUCCAUAGAGGCCAUGCAGCCUGAUGAAGUCCUGAGGGUGGGGGGAGCUGGGCACAAGGUGCUGCUAGUUAUUGAAGGAAAGGCUCAUGCGUAUGUGUUUGCCACACCUGGCUGCAAGAAGUGGGACACCUGUGCACCUGAAGCCAUCCUCCACGCCCUGGGGGGCAAGCUGACGGACAUCCACGGGAACGCCCUGCAGUACCACAGGGAUGUGAAGCACCCCAACACUGGAGGUGUCCUGGCCACGUACAGCGAUCAUGACUGGUACCUGGGCAGGAUGCCUGAGUCAGUCAAGGCAGCUGUGAAACCCUGACUAGACCCUCACUCCAGACUGUAACAAUCACUGAAAUGUUUCUGAUUUAAGCUUGGCAAUAAA